GUUUACUUUAAUCUGUUAAAUGUUUAAUAUACCUACCUAUAACAAUGAUAAGAAGAAUAGUGCAUGCAUAUGAUAGAUACGUAGGUAUGCAGUUGCUUUUAAAGUAUCAAAAUUACCAGGUUAUCAAACGAUUUAAAUUGUUCUUAUUAUUCUGCUCUGUUGUGUUGUGUUAUUCGAUUGAAUGUUUUUGUAUUCCUUUCAUUUGUAACACGCCAUAUCUUAAUCACACGUGAACUUAAUCGACCCCUGAUACAUCUUCAAUCUGAUACGAACACGCUGGGGGGCUAUUAAAGUACUGUUCAAGCGAUAUGAUAACGAUUAAACCGGUCGUAGCGUUCCAUUACCGAAAGGCUUGCCUUCAGUUAGCUUACAGUCUUGAUCAGCCAUGGAAGAAAUUCAAAAUCAGCUGGAGACUCACAGUUUAUCGUCGCCCAGCAACAAAAAACGCUCAAAAGAUGAAGAACGUUUUUCUGCUUGGUGGUUGAUUGGUCUCACCGGUGCAGUCGUAGGAGUUUAUCUGCUCGUCUAUUGGAAUUGGGUGUCAAUGCCGAUAGCGCUUCGACGGUUGGAUGAAUCCACCCAUCCGGAUCGUUUCAUAGCAGAAAUAGCAAAGCAACACCUUUUCGAGAUGAGCAAUGUCGGUCCCCGUGUGGCUGGCAGCUAUGCCAACGAAAUUAUCACUGUUCAGUUUCUGUUACGCAUUAUCAAUGACAUCAUCUCCGAAGCUAACCCGACGCAUCGUGUUGAGGUGGAAGUUCAGCAAGCCUAUGGUGACAUGUUUCUGGAUUACGAAAAGUAUCCACAAACGAGUGUGUAUCAGGGCAUCCAGAAUGUGAUUGCGCGUAUAAUUCCAUCGCAGGGGAAAGAGCCUGACAACUACCUGAUGCUUAGCUCCCACUUUGACAGUGUCCCGCAAAGUCCCGGAGCUGGUGAUGAUGGUACGAUGAGCGUCAUUAUGCUGGAAGUGUUAAGAAAACUUUCGCAAAGUGCACAGCCAUACAAUCACGGACUAGUGUUUGUAUUUAACGGGUGCGAGGAGAACACUCUUCAAGGAUCGCAUGCGUUUGUCGCCCAUCAUCGCUGGUUCAGCAAGGUGCGUACGUUUAUCAACAUGGACGUUGCGGCUAAUGGAGGACGUGACAUCAUGUUUCAAGCGGGACCAAAAUACUCUUUCCUCAUGAAAUAUUAUCGAGAUUUCGUUCCCCAUCCGUACUGUACAGCUGUUGCAGAGGAACUGUUCCAGGCCGAUCUGGUUCCGUCGGAAACGGAUUACUAUGUGUACUCCAAAUAUGGGAAAAUUCCCGGUAUGGAUUUCGCGCACAGCACUUGGGGAUAUCUUUAUCACACAGCGUACGAUGCCUACGACACCAUCCCUAAUACAACGCUACAACAUACCGGUGAUAAUGUGCUGGCUCUCGCCAGAGCGUUGGCCAAUGCCGAGGAACUGUACGACAUUCGCGAUCAUGAAGGUUCCAAGGCAGUAUUCUUCGAUUUUCUCAAUUGGUUCCUAGUGUACUACCCGUUGUGGGCAUCGAUCUUACUGAAUAUCGGUUUAUCUAUCAUUGCUCUUUCGGCCAUUAGCUUAUCCUUGUGGUUGCUGACGCGCAGCACGGAAUUAACCUUCUGGCAGUUGCUACUACAAGGUCUUACCGGUCUGGGUGUGAUCGUGUUGUCAAUUAUUGUUGGCGUAGGGUUAUCCUUACUGCUUGCCGUCAUUUUAAAUGCCGUCGAUUCGACGAUGAGUUGGUUCACGCAGACGUGGUUGAUCUUUGGGCUGUACAUCUGCCCAUUCUUAAUUGCGACGUGCACCGGUCCAGUAUUGUAUAUUCAUUUUGUAAAAAAUGAUCAACUUUCCCUACAUGCACGUGUCCAGUUGCUGCUCAAUGCUACCUGCGUCCUGUACGUGUUGAUACUGAUCGUACUGACCUGUAUGAGCAUCCGAUCGGGCUAUCUGUUCACAAUGGCCAUACUGUUCUACACCGUUACCACGUUGUUGAAUGCGUCAUUGCAGGCGUUCGGCAAGCAUACAUCCAUGUGCUGGAUAUAUGUACAUCUAAUAGGACAAAUUGCUCCGAUUGCGUACUUUAGCUCCGUUUCGCUGACGGCCUUCGCCACCUUCAUCCCGAUGCAGGGACGUGGUAAUGCGGGCGCAAAUCCUGAACUACUGAUCGCCCUAUUUGCAGUGCUCGUGGGCAUGCUGGUGACAGGUCUCUUGACCCCGCUGGUUACUUUAGCGCGCAAAGGAUACCUCUUCAUUGCACUGGUUGUCGCUUUCUUCGUUGUUUCAAUCAUCGUUAUGGUGACCUCUGCCGGAUUUCCUUUUCGAGCCCACACUUCACCAGAACGCUUUUAUAUCUAUCAUUGUACUCGCGAGUUUUAUCAUCAGAAUGGUACGCUUAGGCGACUCGAGGGUGGAUUCUACAUUCACCCCCAGGACCGGUACACUGGGGAUCUUAUACGAGAGCUAGCAGUGAAAUUUGAAGCCAACGCUGUACCGUUGGGCGUUCAGUGCGAAAAGGAGUUAUACUGUGGUAUACCAUUCUAUCAAAAUUCACAUCAUGGUCAGCGCGAAAACGGAUUGUGGAUACAAGGCAACACAUUUACUCUUCCCGAAACAAUCGACCUGAAGUACAUUGGGAACCAGUUCGACCCCCAGCUCAAUGUGACUACGUUCUCGUUCACCGUGAAAGGAACGGAUCACAUGAGUUUCUAUGUUUCGCCGGUAAGAGGGGUAAAGCUGAUCAGCUGGAGCUUUAGCAAGGACAUUCCUCGCAGUGGAUUGCCUUGGAAUGGACAGGAUGUACAUUACAUUAAUUUCGUUCACGGAAUCGACGAUCGACCCUACGAAUUUCACAUCACGGUGCAAGGCUCGGCUAGCAAAGCCUCAGAAGCUGGAUGGAAUUUUUACCUGAACGUAGUAGCGCAGUACAUGCACCAUGAGCAAUAUCGUACGCAAGAAUUCCAACGAUUUAUCGACCAAUUUCCCGAUUAUGCGCAUGUUGUUGCUUAUCCGGCUCAUCUUAUUAGCAACAUUUUCUAAUCAAUUGGAGCACUACACGCAGGAAAUAGUUUAUUAAAAUAAAAAACCCGUUUGCGUCAUCUGGUUU